AUGAUUCAUUUUCAUAAAGGAAUAGCAAGAAUACCAGCAUUUUCUUCAGUUGUGCCUGGAUUGCUUCGUUCAAGAUUUCCCGACUCCGCUGUUAGAAGUAUUCAUUCAUUAAAUGAUCAUAAGCCAUUAUUUGAUAAAAUUUUAAUUGCAAAUAGAGGUGAGAUAGCUCUUCGUGUUAUGCGUACAGCAAGAGAUUUGGGUAUCAAAACUGUUGCUGUGUAUAGUGAACCUGAUGCAAAUGCUCAGCAUGUUAAAAUGGCAGAUGAAGCCUUUUUAAUUGGUCCUGCUGCUUCUAGUGAAAGUUAUCUUCGUAUUGAUAAAAUUUUAAACAUCGCUAAAAUGACAGGUGCUCAAGCCAUUCAUCCUGGUUAUGGAUUUUUAUCUGAAAAUGCUGAUUUUGCUGAUACUGUCAAGGCUUCUAAUAUUGCUUUUAUUGGCCCUUCAGGUGAUGCUAUGCGUUCAAUGGGUUCAAAAAGUGAGUCAAAAUAUAUUAUGGAAAAUGCAGGUGUGCCUGUAGUUCCAGGAUAUCAUGGUGAAAAUCAAGAUGUUAAAUUCUUAAAAGAGCAAGCAGAUAAAAUUGGAUAUCCCGUUUUGAUUAAAGCAGUGAAGGGAGGUGGAGGUAAAGGCAUGCGUAUUGUAAGAUCACCUUCUGAAUUUGAAGAAAUGCUUGAAUCUUCUAAAAGAGAAUCAAUCAAGUCUUUUGGUGAUGAUAAAGUUCUUGUUGAAAAGUAUUUAGAGCGCCCUCGUCAUAUUGAAGUUCAGGUCUUUGCAGAUAAAUACGAUAAUGUCGUUCAUCUUUUUGAACGGGAUUGUUCAGUUCAAAGACGUCACCAAAAAGUCAUCGAAGAGGCUCCUGCCCCAGGUUUAUCAGAUGUUUUACGUUAUGACUUGGGUGCUAAAGCAGUUGCAGCUGCUCGUGCUGUAGGUUAUGAAAAUGCUGGUACUGUUGAAUUCAUCAUGGAUAAUAUAGACAAGAAAUUUUAUUUUAUGGAAAUGAAUACACGUUUACAAGUAGAACAUCCUGUAACAGAAAUGGUUACAAACACCGAUUUAGUGCGUUGGCAACUAGAAGUUGCUGCCGGUAAUCCCUUACCUAUGACUCAAGAUGAGCUUAAAUUAUCUGGCCAUGCUUUUGAAGCUCGUGUCUAUGCCGAAAAUCCUUCAAAUCACUUCCUUCCUGAUACUGGACCACUUUUCAGUGUUCGUACUCCUACUCCCAGCAAAGAUUUACGCUUAGAAACAGGCUUUAUUCAAGGUGAUACUAUUAGUGUUCAUUAUGAUCCCAUGAUAUCCAAACUUGUUGUUCAUGGUGAAAAUCGUAAUGAUGCACUUCGUCGCUUCCGUCGUGCUUUAGAACAGUACCAAAUUGUAGGCCUUAAUACGAAUAUUGGUUUCAUUAAGACAGUAACCGAGCAUCCUGAAUUUAUUAAAGGCGAAGUUGAAACUGGUUUUAUUCAACAGUACGAAAAAGAUCUUUUCAAGGAAACAGAGUCCCCUGAUCCAACUACUUUAGCCUUAACUGCUAGCGCUCUUCGUUUAAAAGAGCUUGAACAAGUUAGAAAGAAUUUGAAUGAUCCUUAUAGCCCUUGGAGUACAAAUACAAAUAGUUUCCGUGUCAACGAUGUUCAUCACAGAGAGUUUAAUUUCACUCAAAAUGAUCAUCCUUAUAAAGUAGUCUUAUCUACAAACCCAUUAAAAGCAGAUUUAGUUGAUAUGAAUAUUAUUGAUGCAACUACAAAUGAAUCUAUCAAAAAAUUUACCGGUGUUGAAAGUUAUAUAGAUCAAGAAGAUGGUUUAUUAGUCUCUUCAAUUGAUAACAAAAAGAUAAAAUGUAAUGCAGUGCUACAUAAUCAAGAGGUCGUUGUUUUUGAUGAGUCUGGUCGUACAACAUUCAAGUUACCGAUGCCUGCUUAUUUAUUGAAUGAAAGCGAUAGUCAUAGUAUGGGAUCCAUUAAAACUCCUAUGCCAUGCAAAAUUUCUCAAGUCCUUGUUAAACCAGGGCAAACAAUUGAAAAAGGAGAUACAUUGGUCGUUUUAGAAGCUAUGAAGAUGGAACAUGUUAUUAAAGCACCUGCUUCUGGUAAAAUCGAUCAAAUUUUAUAUUCUGUUGGAGAUUUGGUAGCAGAAAACAAAAGCUUGGUUACAUUUGCAAAUGAAUAA